AUGAAGAUGAUUAAGCUUGGAAAUGAGAGUAAGGAGUGUCUCAAAAGUGAGAUAAUCUUUGAUAUUCUGUCACGGAUUCCUGCUUUGCCGUUGCUUGGUAUGAAGUGCGUUUCAAAAAGAUGGAAAACAAUUAUUUCAAACCGUUCAUUCAUCAAAGCUCAACUUCUGAAAGCAGAGCUUAUUUUGGAUGGUUUCAUUGUUCAAUAUGGUAAUAUGUUAAGCAAACAGGAUGUUAAAACUGCUAGUUACAUUCUGGUUGAGUCGAAAAAUGAGGAGGCUCCAGUAGUUCACCAGAAGAUAUUCAGUUUUAUUCCUGAAGAGGUUCUUGUUUCAGGGUCGUGUAAGGGGAUUUUAUGA